GGCACGCACAAACACAUGUGUAACCCAUCAGCUGUCUGUCUGUUUAUCUACAGGCGGGCUGGCUGGCCCGUGUGUGUCUUGCAGGCUCUGUCUUUCACUCGAUGUCCUCUUCGGCAGGGGGGCUCGGGCUCGGAGUAGUUGUCGUGGCUGCAUCCACAGCACACACACAAAGGGGCGGGACACAUGACUCUCACAUGACAUACACACAUCAUACUCGUGUGCCCACUCACCCCAUCUGAGGCACUUGGGAGGUUCUUCUGUCCCCGGCGGGCAGAGUCUGAGUGUGCAGGCUCCCAGCGUCCCGUCCUCACUGCACUGGCACCAGUUGCAGCCAUCGAACCACUGCAGGCAGCCAACGGGGCAGAGACGCUCGGGCUCGGCUGCACACACACACACAGCCAGACACACAGCCACAUGUGCCCAUGGGCAAUAUGUGGAUCCUUCCCUCGUUGACUGACCCCAUUUGCGGCAUUUUGGCGGUUCCUCGGUGCCAGGUGGGCAGAACUUCCGUGUGCAGCCGCCGAGGCUGCCGUCCUCGUUGCAGAAGCAGUUAUUGCACCCUGACAGACGCAGGCAAGCAACACACGCAAAAGCCAAUAAGGCACCCACCCACACACCCUUUUCACAGUGGUUGUCAUCCCAUACCGUCGAACCAUGAGACGCACCCAGGGGGACAGACGCGGCCAUCAUCGCCCGACUCGACGACGGUGACGUCGGCGGCCGCCACGCCCGCCAGGACGACAAUGGUCAUGGCAAUGAAGCUGAUCUUCCCGGCCAUCAUGCUUGUGCUGUCCUGGACGGCUUCCUGCAGCUUGGUCUUGACAGGUGACGUUGGCUGUGUCUGUGUCGGGUGUGUGUUGGCCUUCC